GCUUUUUCAGCUGCAAGCAAAUAUGUGUGUGAUGGGGAUUCAUGUGACUCCCAUGCUCAUUGUAUCUCUGCAUUCUCAAUGAGCUUCAUUUGAUGGGAACAGCAAUUAUAUUUCAAAUUAAUCCCAACCACCAUAUAUGUACUUAAGUCUAAUUAAUUUCAGUAGCACUAGGGUGUGGCAUUCCGAAUCAAAGAAUAGAAAAAUUGGGCUAGUCACUCCGCCCAGCUAUCAGAAAACCAUGACUAGUAGUAUUGUAGGUAGUUAAAGGCAGGCAACUCCAUUUUCUGCAACCAUGUGUGCAUGAUCUUGAAUUGAUUCUCCAUCAAAAGACCCCUGAAAAAUCCUCUUGCAUUUUGGUAUUUGGAAACAUUAACUUCUUCGAUUCAGACACACCCUAAGCCUAGUUGAAACUUGGAAGGUUUGAUGAUUGCUCGGUUGGGUAACCUUUGAUGGAUGACUCAACUUCAAGCUUUAAUCAUGUAAAAUGGUAUUAUAUAUAGUCUAAACAGAAUAUGUAAUGAGCGUGGAGUGGGUACAGCAGUGUCAGUGGAGAAACAAGAAGGCUACACUCGGUUUGUGUUAGAAUGUGCAGGGGACGAUGGGCCACAUCCCCGCAUGCUAUACUAUUCAUCAUCAUCAGCUAUCAUGAAACUAACAAUCAUGUCGCCCACACCCACCUUGUGCCAACUCUUAUCACCUACACGGCUCUCAAAGUGAUCGCUAGGGAAUUUGGACGCAAUAUAUGCAUAUUGCCAUGUUAGAGGUUAUUGAGUUAAGAGUCCGUCUACACUGCAAGGCCUGUGAGAAGGCUGUUCGCAAAGCCUUGUGCAAGACCAAAGGAGUAACGUGCGUGGAAAUAGAUGUGACAUUGAACAAGAUUUCGGUUAUGGGCUAUGUGGACUCCAAGCGCAUCCUAAAAGUGAUUCGCAAAACUGGUACAAGAGCAGAGCUCUGGUCCUCAUCAGGACUCCUCCCUUCCAAGUUUUCCUUGUAUCAUUCCUAAACGGGGCUUCUAAACUUGUCCUACUACUAAUAUGUAGCCUUUCCCUCAUCAGUUUCUUUCAUCGCAACAAAGUACAGGAAUUCAGACACAUAUUUCUCUCCAUGUUAAGCAAUUAGCUCAAGUUUUUUCCUAUUUUACGUUAUAAUAAAUAUGUUGGUGGGAAGCAUGAACAAGAGAAAUUUAGCCAAAUUCCGGUAUUAGAUACCGCAACUAAAGAGUUGACAAUGCAUAUUGUGAUGAGAAAAGGGCUCACAUCCAAUGCCGACCCCACGUUAUCAAAAGUGAAAGAAAUGGUAGUGAGAGGAGCAUAUGAUCAAACACUAGUAUUCUACAAGCAGCACCUCCACCCUUCCACACCCUCAGCCCUCCAUGGCAUCAUCCCCAUUUUUCCUUCCCUCAUCAAAGCCACUUCUCUUGCCCCGUCCUUGGACUUCGGCCUCCAACUUCACUGCCUGGUCCUCAAAAUGGGUUCUCACUCUCACUCAAUUAUAUCCAAUUCUCUCCUCUCCAUGUACGCCAAGUUCUCACAAGUUGAAGCUGCACUUCUAGUGUUCAACACAAUGACUCACAGAGACACCAUCACAUGGAGUUCAUUGGUAAAUUGUUAUGCACAAAAUGGGUAUUGCAAGGAAGCUUCGGAAAUGCUCAAGGAGAUGUAUACGGCUGGUUUUUUACCAAAGCCCCAACUUAUUGCUAGCAUUAUAUCCAUUUGUGGUAGGUCCGGAGAGUUGAGAUUAGGAAGACAAAUUCAUGCUCUUGUCACUGCCGAUCAAAGGAUCAAGGAGGAGUUGGAGUUGGAAUCGGAGCAGGGGUCAGUUUUUUUAUCGACAGCUCUGCUGGACAUGUACUUGAGAUGUGGGGACUGUCUCAUGGCGUUUCGUGUAUUUGAUAGAAUAAAGUUGAAAAAUCAUGUGUCCUGGACCGCCAUGGUUUCGGGGUGCUGUGCUAAUGGGAAUUAUGAUGUGGCACUCCAUUGUUUUCGAGCAAUGCUGGUUGAAGGGAUUAGACCCAACCGAGUAACGCUGCUUGCCCUUUUACCAGCCUGUGCCAAUUUCGGUGGGGCUAAACAUACUAAACAGCUUCACGGCUAUGCCUUCCGUCAUGGGUUUGAAUCGGAUUUUCAUUUUUCAGCAGCUCUUGUACACUUUUACGGUGAAUCCGGGGAGGCACUGCGUUCUGCCAAGCUAAUUUUUGAGAGAAUGACACGUAAAGAUGUUGUGAUGUGGAGUACAAUCAUCAGAAGCUAUUCUGCAGGUGGGAACUACAGUGAAGCAAUAAGGCUUUUCCGGGAGAUGCAACUGGAGGGCAUUGCCCCCAACUCUGUAACUCUCUUGCCAAUAAUCUCUGCCUGCACCAAUCUAUCUUCACAUAACCACGGGCGUGGAGUCCAUGGCUUUGCCUUCAAGUCAGGAUUAAGUUCACAAGUUGUCAUUGGAAAUUCCCUUAUAAAUAUGUAUUCCAAGUGUGGCUGCCUCAUGUCUUCUCAUCAAAUUUUCCAAGAAAUGCCCAGAAGGGACUCUGUUUCAUGGAGCACACUUAUCAGCGCACAUGGCCUUCAUGGGCAGGGUGAAAAGGCUUUACAACUCUUUCGUGAGAUGCAAGAGAGAGGGGUUGAUGCAGACGCAAUCACAUUUCUAGCUGUUUUAUCGGCUUGCAACCAUUCAGGACUUGUCAAAGAGGGACAGGAGCUCUUCAAUGAUGCAAUGAAGGAUAAUAAGAUAUCAUUAACUAUGGAGCAUUAUGCUUGCUAUAUUGAUCUUCUUGGAAGAUCAGGAAAGCUCCAAGAUGCUUGUGAUAUGAUAAACACAAUGCCAAUGAAACCGAGCACCAGAAUUUGGAGCUCUUUCGUAUCAGCUUGUAAGGUCCAUGGAAGAUUGCAGUUUGCAGAAAUGUUGGCACAUCAGCUUGUUAAGCUAGAACCUGGGAAUGCUGCCAACUAUACAUUGUUAAGCAUGGUUUAUGCUGAAUCCAGUAACUGGAUGGGUGUGGAAGAAGUGAGGAAAGUGAUGAGAGACAGAGGAUUAAGGAAAAACUACGGCUUCAGCCAAAUUGAACUGGAGAAUAAAAGUUGAUAGCGGGGCAGAAUUCUACUGAGGAGCUAUUACAUAUCUAUAUGGUAGCCACCACCUCCACUUGAAAGCAAACUAGCAGUUGUUUGCCGCAGAAAGUAAUGUGAUUUGCAUAUGGCCACAAAUCAGAUAGAUUUUGCAAGUGCUUCAUGCUUGAUUUGCUUCCACAUUGAUACCUCAGGCUGAUAUGAUGAGGUUUUCUUUUUUUUGGAA